AUGUUCACUCGCAACAUUCACGUGGCUGACGCUGGCCCUCCUGCUUUGUCGGAUGCUGUUGCAGGCCCGACUGUCAAUCUCAACAUCGUACCUGAAGAUGUUCAUUGGCUUAUUCUUUCCGAGCUCGCGGAAACGUCCUUCAUGGAUGUACUCAACGUGGCGCACUCUUCCAAUGCGUUGCGCCAUGCGGCAUUGCCUUUCAUGUACCACAACGUCACUCUGGAAAAAGGACUAAAGAAGAGUGGGAAGCAAAACUCUUUUCAGGCUCUUAUACAGUCAUUCCGUCAGGACGAGAAGGGUGAACUUGCGAGGCAAGUUCGCAGUGUUACUGUCAAGGACGAGGUCCCCUCAGAGGACUUGAUUAUGCUACUGCACAAGAUUGCCAGGUAUGGAAACCUUCGAUCACUAAACUGGGAGACUUCUGCACAUAUGUCUCAUGAAGUGUUCGACAUGCUCCAUACGAACUGGCCAACGCUCGAGAUAAACGUGGCAGUUCCGGACCGCCAGAAUGCCAAGUUCAUCGCUCAUCGGCAGAUGGACAUGAAGCUGCUUUCGUCACCUCUUCUUGUCGGGCUGACGUAUGUAGUGUACACUCAGGGCUACCAACCAGAUAAACCCUGCCACUCUGACUGGCCUCGCCUAUCUCAGGCUUUAACAGCUGGUGGAAAAAUACGGUCUCUUCGGAUACGGAGCCUGCCAGAUGGUGAUCCCUACGACGGCAUCAGGAUUGUCCCUGAUACCGACCCAAAGGGGCUGCCGCGUCUUGACUUUGCCUCUGGCCUACACCUACCUCGACUCGAGGAGCUAAGCAUCGAAGUCGUACGACUGUGGGGAGAGUCAAACUAUCUCUGGGAUUUAGAGCAUUCUUGCAUGCUUCGUGACUCCAUCGAUGGCUCCCGCUUGCGCAAACUUGACUUUGGGAUGGAUAACCCCGAAACGUUCUUCAGAUGUUUCACCGGUGUACUACCAAACCUUAAGAGUCUGCGCUUUGGAGCCGCAAAAGCUGCGACAGAAUCUGCGAAAGUGUUCAUCGAGUCACUCGAGGCGCUUGAACACCUUGAUAUUGCUCAAGCGCAGACAGGCAUUGAUGAUCUUUGGCCGGCUAUCGAGCAGCACAGGAGUACAUUGAGGACUCUGGUUCUUGGGCCGGCGUUAGGUCACUACUGCAGUCGCAUGUACAUGGAUCUGAGCCGUCUCGAGACCGUUGCAGCCACGUUUCCCAUUCUUGAACGCCUAGGAUGGGAUGCACCGUGUAGUACAAAUGUGGACGCGAGACAUCUUGAGGUUUUGUCGAGCAUGCGACUCAAGAAACUUGAUCUUUACCUUCACAUCCCCGAUGAGGCGUCGGAGUUCAGCGAGAAACUGGUGCAGGAUGCCUGGGGAACCAUCGCGCCUCCGCUACUUGAUAAGAAGGGUUCCAUUUCUGCUGCAAUCAGCAUUGCCGAGAUUGUUUCAGAGUCACAGCAAGGAGUUUUGCAGUGGCUCACACUUCAACUUUCCCGGACUGGAUACUCUGACCGUUACCAGCCUUAUAUGAUGUAUUCGAAGCUACAGCUCAGGCGCAACAGCUACACCGGCGAGAUUCGCGGACGAAAGUGGGAUGUUCGCGGCAGCAUGGAUUGGUACGGUGUUCCUUCUUUUGAGGAAGAUCUGCGUUUUGAGGAGGAGUAG